UUCAGUUCUCAGGCCCCAGCCUGGCCCACCAUGGCACAGCGGCUCCAGGAUGAACUGGCUGCUUUUUUCUUUGAGUAUGACACUCCCCGAAUGGUGCUCGUGCGCAACAAGAAGGUGGGCGUCGUCUUCCGCCUGAUCCAGCUCGUGGUUCUGGUCUACGUUGUUGGGUGGGUGUUUGUCUACGAGAAGGGCUAUCAGACCUCAAGUGGCCUCAUCAGCAGCGUGUCUGUGAAACUCAAGGGUCUGGCUGUGACGCAGCUCCCUGGCCUGGGCCCCCAGGUCUGGGAUGUAGCUGACUACGUCUUCCCUGCCCAGGGGGACAGCUCCUUCGUGAUCAUGACCAAUUUCAUUGCAACCCCCCACCAGGCUCAAGGCUACUGUGCAGAGCACCCAGAAGGGGGUACAUGCACAGAUGACAGUGGCUGCACUCCAGGGAAGGCAGAAAGGAAGGCCCAAGGCAUACGCACAGGCAAGUGUGUGGCCUUCAAUGACACUGUGCAGACAUGUGAGAUCUUUGGCUGGUGUCCUGUGGAGGUGGAUGACAACGUCCCACGCCCUGCCCUUCUCCAAGAGGCCGAGAACUUCACCCUCUUCAUCAAGAACAGCAUCAGCUUUCCACGCUUCAAGGUCAACAGGCGCAACCUGGUGGAAGAGGUGGAUGCAGCCUACAUGAAGACCUGCCUCUAUCACAAGAUCUCGCACCCACUGUGUCCCGUGUUCAAGCUCGGCUAUGUGGUACAGGAGUCAGGACAGAAUUUUAGCACCCUGGCUGAGAAGGGCGGGGUGGUCGGCAUCACCAUUGACUGGAACUGUGACCUGGACUGGCAUGUGCACCACUGCAAACCCAUCUAUGAGUUCCAUGGACUGUAUGAGGACAAAAACCUGUCUCCAGGCUUCAAUUUUAGGUUUGCCAGGCACUUUGUGGAGAACGGGACUAACCACCGCCACCUCUUCAAGGUGUUUGGGAUUCGCUUUGACAUUCUCGUGGAUGGCAAGGCUGGAAAGUUUGACAUCAUCCCUACAAUGACAACCAUUGGCUCUGGGAUUGGCAUCUUUGGGGUGGCCACGGUUCUCUGUGACCUCUUGCUGCUCCAUAUCCUGCCCAAAAGGCACUACUACAAGCAGAAGAAGUUCAAGUAUGCAGAGCACAUGGGGUCAGGGGCGGGCGAGCGUGACCCCGCAGCCACCAGCUCCACCCUGAGCCUGCAGGAGAACAUGAAGACAUCCUGACCCUCACCCCCUGACUCCUGACUGGACACAGCAUGAGGCUUCAGGCAGGGGCCCUGGAGGGGUCCCAACCAGGACAGAAUGGUCCCUGCGGGAGCUCUCCACCCUCUUAGCCAGGCAGACACUAGGGUCUUACCAGCUCAGUGGGGACACUGGGAGGGACCUGUUCAAGUCUGGGCUCUGGCCCCAACUCCACAAGCCCCAAGGGAGCUUUGCUCCAGCCUCAGCCACUCCUGGUCUAGAGAGCCUGGGGUUGGGCCGGGCUCCUCUCACACUCCUCUAUCAGAGCUGUGUGCUUCUCGCUCUGGGCCCUCAAGCACUGCACUGCCUCGUGUCUCUAGAUUCAUGCUUUCCCAUAUGGCAGACACUAGUCACGAUGAGAUGACCAUUUAAAUUUAUAUUAAUUUCAACUGAAUAAAAUAAAACAAUUCAGUUCCUAAAACUAGCCGGCCACAUUACAACUGCUAAAUAGAUACGUGUGCCUAAUAGCCGCCAUAUUGGACCACACAGAAUAUUGCAGAGGGUUCUACUGGGUGGCUCUGCUUGAGCCCUGUUUCUUACUGGCCCCAGAUUUUCCUAGGGAGCUUGUCAACACUGCAGGCACCUGGGCCGACCUCAGAUCUCCCGAACCAGAAUCUCUAGGGCUGGCCAUGGAGAUGCAAGGAUGGCAAACUCCCCAGGCCAUUGUAAAGGCUAAAGUUUAAGAACUGCUCCCAAUUGGGUAUCAGAUUUUGCCUGGGCCUGCCUGACCAGGCAGAUGCAGGCUUUGAGUAGGUGUGUGGUGUACUUACAAGCCACAUGGUGUCUCAUGUACACACCCCCAUGUACACUCUCAUCUACAUGCACAACCCCCUCCCAUCCACGCUCUGGCUUUGAACAGCUGGGGCCCUGCAAACACAGCCAUCUGGACAGACCUAUGCCCUCAAGUACAGACACAUGGUCCACGCAACAGCACCUCCACAGAGCUAGGCUUCUCCCUAAGUGUGUCAGGCCACGACAGUCCCUUCUAGCCAUGAAUCCUCACUCAGCUACCUCGGGUUGGGGUGGAGCCCUGGCCAAAUCCUGCGCUCCCUGCUUAUGGCCCAGCCUCAGCACCUAAGGCCUGACCAAUUCUGUCUGAACACAAGGUCUGGGGAAAGUGAGGAGUGGAGUACAAUAAAAGGAAUGAGGACAAA